UACCAGAGCAUCGCAACAGUUUUGCGUCUAGUUUCGAGCAAAGAAAACAAUCAAACGUGAUUUCGAAACAUUUAGGAAGAUUAAAAGUCAUAUCCACGUAAAAUAAAUAGCCUGCUCGAUCGUCAAACAUCCAAAAAUGAUCAAGGCUGUUGUUGUAUUUGCUGUGCUAUGCGGACUCACUUCGGGAUACUCAGUUCCCGCACAAAAUGGUUACAGAACUGUACAACGCACACUGUAUGGAGUUCGCUUCCAGAAUCAGCAGUUACGGAAUCAACGUGUAUCAAAUAUAGCCGCUGCUCCAUAUUCGGGUGGAUGUCAGAACAGAGAUAUUGGAAGUGCUGAAUUGCCCAACGUAGAUCCGGAGGCUGACGCUUUCCAUUCUGAGCAGUAUCCUGCCAAAGAUCAUUUCCAGCCAGAUGGGCCAGCUCUCCACGAUGUCUUAGCCGAGCAACCCAUUGCUGACGAGUCUCUUUCCAUUCCUGCUGCUCCAGCUGCUGUACCGAGCGCUAUCCCAAAGAAGAGGAAAACCAAAGUCCCAGCUGUCCAAGUAGACUCCGAGGAAGAGGAGGAACAGGACGCUCAGGUCGGGCUACGUGGAGUAGGAGACUCAGAUGAGCCAAACGUUUAUUUCCCAGUUGGCUUCGGAAGUGCCAGUGGCGGGGCCAUUGCUAUUGCCAACUCGUACAGUACCGGAAAGGGAGGAUCGGCAACCAGCACUGCCACUGCCUAUGGAAGCCCAUCAAACGCUGGACAGAGUAGAAACGCUCGGGUACAACUGGGCAAUAGAUACGCUGCACUGAGAGGCCGAUAUUAGUUUGUAGCUUAAGCAUUAAAAUAAUAAAUAUAGAUUCGUGAUAAAGACUUCCGCGCCCUAAGAUACGCUGCAGGAAGAUAUAGAAAUAAUAUUCAUCUUCGUGUGUGAUUCGUCUGAAGGAAGAUAUAGCAAUAAUAUUCAUUUUUGUGUAAUUAUUUAACUUAGU